AUGAGCGGACGGCUUAUAUCAGCCGCCGGGCGCCUGCCGGCAACGCGUCCCGGACUGGUCCGAGCCGUUCGCCAGUAUCACCACCUGCCCUCCGGUGGCCUUCUUCGAGCUGAUUCCGCCAUACGCGCAACCCAAAGACGCAUGGGCUUUUCGAUAAACUCCUACCAUAAUGCUGUUAUUGUGCGCAAUGCCUCCUUUGCGCGCUUUCUCCCGAGGCUCGUCGUCAAGUUUGUGAGGAUUCCCGCCAUGGCAGGAGGAGUCAUGAUAGGUGGACUGGCCUGGAUACAAUACCAAGCUACUCAGGCGGGCAACUACGCUUGGGAUGUUUUCAACACAACGAAAGAUACCGUUUCGACUACCGCCACAGGAUUAUUUGGCGGCGCCAAAGACAUUGCAGACCAGACGAUGCGAGGAUGGCAGAACACGAAGGAUCAGGCGGAACUACCUGAAUGGAUCCAGAAGAUUCUACGGAUACAAGAAGAAGUAGGAACGGGGAAGGGAGACGGUGGCCCUGGAGGAGAGGAACCCCCAAAUCAGAGUAGAACAGGCGCCGCUGUGGCUGGUGGCACUGCUGCCGCAUACGGCUACGACCAGUCUUCCGAAGACGAUCCACGGAGCGCCGACGAGAUUGCCAAAGACGACCAGAUGAUGGUGUUGACGAAAAAGAUGAUCGAGAUCCGGAAUAUACUGGCAAGAGUUGGACAAUCAAGUACUCUAACGCUACCCUCGAUCGUCGUUAUAGGGUCGCAGUCUUCUGGAAAGAGUUCAGUCUUGGAAGCUAUUGUUGGACACGAGUUCUUGCCCAAGGGAACGAACAUGGUCACGCGGAGACCCAUUGAGCUCACCCUGAUCAACACCCCCGAUUCCAAUGCCGAGUAUGGCGAGUUUGCGGAUCUGGGUCUGGGCAAGAUCUCCGACUUCUCCUCCAUCCAGCGAACCUUGACCGAGCUGAACCUAGCUGUCCCCGACACCCAGUGUGUGUCCGACGACCCGAUUCGUCUUUCCAUAUCUUCGCCGAAUGUGCCCGACCUAUCCCUGAUCGAUCUCCCUGGCUAUAUUCAGGUGGUGGGCCAGAAUCAACCUCUUGAGCUGAAGCAGAAGAUAUCGGAACUAUGCGACAAAUACAUUCAGGCGCCGAACGUCAUCUUAGCGAUCUCGGCUGCUGAUGUUGAUCUGGCUAAUUCAACAGCGUUACGAGCGAGUCGAAGGGUUGACCCCAGGGGCGAAAGGACAAUAGGGGUUGUGACGAAGAUGGAUUUAGUCGACCCGACACGGGGCGCUUCAAUACUCAACGACAAGCAGUAUCCACUGCGUCUGGGCUAUGUCGGCGUUGUUUCCCGUGCUCCUACUACUGCGGGAUUGUUCAAGAAGGGCAAUGCGAAUUUAACAUCGGCCAUCACCAAGAACGAGAACUCGUUCUUCUCAGCCCACCCCUUGGAGUUCGGUCCCGGCGCGGAUGUCACAGUUGGAACCUCGACGCUACGGAAGAAACUCAUGCACGUCCUAGAACAAACCAUGUCGGCCAGUCUGCAGACCACCAGUGAUUCUAUCCGUCAGGAGCUUGAGGAGGCAACUUACGAGUUUAAAGUCCAAUACAACGAUAGGCCUCUUUCCGCCGAAUCUUAUCUCGCCGAGAGCUUGGAUGCUUUCAAGCACUCCUUCAAACAGUUUGCUGAGGAGUUUGGACGGCCACAGAUGCACGAGCUUUUGAAAAAUGAGCUCGAUCAACGGGUGCUUGACCUGUUAGCCGCAAGAUACUGGAACAAACCGAUUCAAGAUCUGAGCGUCCCUAUCCCGGAACCUGAUAGCCUUGUCGACCUUCCCAAAGCUGAUCCGACCGCUAUGUACUGGCGUAGACGACUAGACGCCUCCACCUCGGCGCUGACGAAGCUUGGUGUCGGUAGACUCGCCACUAACGUGGUAGCGAGUUCGAUUCAGUCACACAUCGACAACCUCAUCAGUCACUCGACUUUCGUGAAUCACCCAUUUGCGCGUGAAGUCAUCACGGAAGCAGCCUCGAGUAUAUUGAACGACAGGUUUUACAGUACCAGUGACCAAGUGGAAAACUGCAUCAAACCGUUCAAGUUCGACAUCGACAUGGAAGAACGUGAGUGGGCGACUGGGCGGGAUCACGUUCAGGGUGUGCUAAAAAGGGAACUAUCUGCAUGUGAAGGUGCUUUCAAAUCCUUGGAGGACACUGUCGGUGGGAGGAGGAAGUUGAAGGAGGUCAUGACCUUUGUCGACAAGGCGAGGAAGGGUGAUGUUGUGGUCGAAGGCGAGAUUCGCAGUGGUGCUGGCGGCUUCAGUGCCUCACUGCUCCAAAAAGGUCGCGAAGCUGUCUUCCUCCGAGACCGCGCUGACAUCAUCAAGAUGCGCAUGCUGGCUGUCAAGUCAAAGCAAUGCGCGAAUAUGAAGAACAAGUACAACUGCCCAGAAGUCUUCCUCGACGCUGUGGCUACAAAACUCGCAUCAACAGCAGUCCUCUUCCUGAACGUGGAACUCCUUUCGGAAUUUUACUACAAUUUCCCCCGCGAGUUAGACUCGCGACUUGGUCGGCAUCUUUCUGACGAUCAGGUGGAGAAGUUUGCUAAGGAGGAUCCCAAGAUCAAGAAGCACAUCGAAGUUAUCAGACGUAAGGAACUGCUCGAGUUAGUCCUGGACAAGAUGGAGAGCUUGAGACAGCUUGAAGGCCGUGAGAAGGAGCGGUCGAGGCCGGGCGGCCAGAGAAGCAACGAUAAGGAGCGGGGACGAUGGGGUAUAUUCUAG